AUGGCGGAGAACGAUGUAAAGGAAGUAGUUGAACAGAAGAACGAUGAUUCGCCGAGAAAGGAGAAGAGGAGUAUCUUCUCUCGAAUUUGGAAUGGAUUGGCUAGGUUACAUGGUGAUAAUUUUGAGAAGAGAUUGCAACAUAUAUCUAAAGAAGAGGCUACUGUUCUCGGUAGAAUGAAGAAAAGAUCUAAGAGAUGGCGGAGAACUGCUAGGGAUAUAAUUGCAUUUUCUGUUCUUUUUGAGAUUGCAGCAAUCGGAUAUGCCAUAACAACAACAAGAUCAGUAAACUUAGAGUGGAAUACGAGAGCUCUGCGAGUUUUACCAAUGUUUGUUCUGCCUGUUUUAUCAUGGGCUUUGUAUUGUGGACUUCAAAGCUUCAAAACUUUUCGCGAUCAAAGGGAUGAAAGAUCUUUAGAGAAGCUUCGGGCUGAAAGGCAGAAGAAAAUCAAUGAACUUAAAGACAGAACUAAUUAUUACAACACCCAACAACUGAUUCAGAGAUAUGAUUCAGAUCCAGCAGCAAAGGCAGCUGCUGCAUCAGUGCUUGCAUCCAAAUUGGGAGCUGAAUCAGGGCUACAGUCUAGUGGUUUAAGGAGAAGAAACACAUUGGAAGGAAGAUCUCCUGGAAGUGGAAGUAAUUCAGAAAAAGAAGGUUUUCAAUAUGCAGGAAGUGAGGUUUCUGAGAUUUCUUUACCUAGUGAGCUUGUUGUUGAGCAUAGUCCUGUGACUAUAAGUCCACAAGAUGGGGGUUGGAUUGCUAGACUUGCUGCAUUGCUUGUGGGUGAGGACCCUACCCAAUCUUAUGCACUUAUAUGUGGUAAUUGCCAUAUGCACAAUGGUCUUGCAAGGAAGGAAGAUUUUCUUGUGAUUACUUACUAUUGUCCACACUGCCAUGCGUUGAAUAAACCAAAGAAUUUGGAUGAAAAUUCUUCAUGUCUUAACAGCCCUAAUAUGAGAUCUCCAAUGGCACACCACCAUUACCAUGCAUUGAAUAAACCAACAAGAUUAACUGAAAAUAAUUCUUCUGAAACCAACUCCUCCGAAUCUGAAACCACAUCUUCUUCUAAAACAAGGAACUCUCAGUCUGAUGAAAAGUGUUCAGAUGCCAAAACCCCUGAUGUCAAAUCUUCAACUAAACCAAUUGCUAGUGCUAAUAAAUUGAUGAGUGAGAAUGUAUCUGCUAAGGGUAAGGUGGGAUUACCCAGAGUGGAGAGUGAAAAAAAACUUGUUGAGGAUCUUGCUGAUAGCUAA